UGACGACAAUCAUCAGUAAUCCAAGAGUUCAAUUAAUCACUCCUAUGGCUAAAGAUCACAAUUUACUAGGUGCUGUAUACCUGUCUUUAGUCAAGCCGUCUGUUCGAUUUUAUGCUGAUCACCAUGGCCCCAACAAGGAGGAAAUUGAACAUCGUGUCUUGGAAGUUCUCCGAUCAUUCGAUAAAGUAGACACGAGCAAGUUAAGUAUGGAUGCCCAUUUUAUUAAUGACAUGGGAUUGGACAGUUUAGAUACCGUUGAAAUUGUGAUGGCGUUCGAAGAUGAAUUUGGUAUAGAAAUUACGGACGCCGAUGCCGAAAAGAUCUUUAAUUGCAGUGAUGCUGUUGCCUAUGUUGUCAAGGCGAUGGGCAUUGAAUAAGCAUCAAAAGGCUGAUUUGCUAACAAGUUGAUCAAUGUCUGCAUAGAGAUGUAUUUAAGUUCGAGCAUAUGGGUUAAUAUUGGUAGCCUAGCUCAUCUCUUAGAAUGGCUAGGAAGCACGCAAAUGCGCAUGGAUCCAGUCAUGAUUUUGUAAUUCUAUUCCUAACAGAUGUAUUCCUUGUCAUAGUGAUUUAAGGCUCAUUUUUCUAAUAUAAAGUAAUAUAGAAGGAAAGAAGAUAAAUGAAAGGCCAGUUUCUAGUUACUUUUUUAAUUGUCAUGCCUAAAGCUUUCCUGAUUGCGUGGAAAUUGUUGGUUAUAGUUUAGUACAAUGUUUAUAUUUCUUAACAAAUUGCGCUUUGAGCUACUUUGUAUUGGAAUGCCUUAAAUUUGGUUUAUCGACAUAUCAUAAU